AUGGCAGUCCAAACCCUCGACGGGGGUCUGGGUACGUCAUUGCAAGACUAUUACUCCGUCACCUUUGACGCCUCCACCCCUCUUUGGGCCUCGCACUUGCUCGUCUCCGACCCCGCUACUCUGCUCUCCUGCCAGCGCGACUUCGUGAACGCCAAUAUCGACGUGCUUCUCACCGCCACAUAUCAGGUUUCUAUUGAAGGGUUCGCGCGUACCAAGACUCCCGAUCACCCACAUGGCAUCCCCCGCAAUGCCAUCCCAGCGUACCUGCGAACGGCCGUCGAGGUAGCUGAGAAAGCCAAGAACGAUCGCACAUCCAUUGCGCUGAGUUUAGGUCCCUAUGGCGCGUGUAUGAUUCCCGGACAAGAAUAUAGCGGGAAUUACGAUGAGGAGCACAGUAGCGAAGAUGCUCUGUUUUGCUGGCACUGGGAGCGGUUGCGACUGUUCACGGAGGCUGAUCUGAUCCAGAGGAUGCAGUACAUUGCCAUCGAGACGCUGCCUCGAGUGGACGAGAUCCGUGCAUCGAGGAGGGCUGUUCAUGCGGCGGGGAUCACACUCCCAUUAUGGAUUUCAUGUGUCUUUCCCGAGGAAACCGACACCCUGCCCGACGGCAGCACAGUUGAACAGGUGGUUCAGGCGGUGGUGGGAUAUCUGGACGGCGGCGCGACGCCUUGGGGGAUUGGAAUUAAUUGCACGAAGAUCCAUAAACUCCCCACGUUGGUGGACAAGUUUGGGAACUGCGUUGCAUCGAUGGUUGCUGCAGGCCAGAUACAGGCACAGGACGUGCCCAGUCUGGUGUUGUAUCCUGAUGGCACAAAUGGGGAGGUCUAUAAUACAACGACACAAGCCUGGGAGAAGAAAGAGGGCAGAAGGGGAGAUACGCGCCAGUGGGAAGUGCAACUAGCGCAGGUGGUACGCGAUGCUCGCGCCAAGGGCCAAUUUAGGUCCUAUCUAGUUGGGGGCUGUUGCAAGGCUUCGCACUACGAUAUUAAGAAGCUAGGAAAGCAGCUCAGGACCGACUAG